AUGGAUCCAAAAAGUGCACCAGGUCCAGAUGGAUUCAAUGCUAAGUUCUUCCAGAGUUGUUGGCAUGUAAAUUCCACUGACAUCACUCUAGCUAUGACUUCCUAUUUCUGUGGCACUCCCCUGCCCAGAUGGAUCACUCAUACUUGUAUUGUUUUGAUUCUUAAAGUCAGUUUUCCUCAACAUCUCUCUGAAUUGAGGCCUAUCAGUUUAUGCAAUGUAGUCAGCAAAAUCUUUGCCAAAGUUCUUAAUGUCAGAGUUAGCAAAGUCCUUCCUGACCUGAUAAGUGCUUACCAAAGUGGAUUAACUAAAGACAGAUCAAUUACUGACAAUAUUCUCUUGGCUCAAGAAAUUAUUCAUGACAUUGAGAAGACUAAUGAAGAGGAUAAUGUGGCAAUUAAAAAGCUAAAUGAUAUUAUUGCCAACCCCAAUUUCAAGAAUUUCUACAUGCACAAAAGGGGUCCUGUGAUUAAUCAUCUAGCUUUUGCUGAUGAUGUUAUACUUUUCUCCAGCGGUGAUGGAACUUCUCUCAAGCUUCUUAUGGAUACACUCAAUACUUAUGAGGCUAUCUCUGGCCGGUUGAUCAACAAAAGGAAGAGUGGUUUAGUUCUAGCCUCCAAUGCCACUAUAGACGAUAUCAGGAGGGUGGAGGAGAUCACUCAUAUGGAGCACAAAUCUCUUCCAAUCAAAUACUUGGGUUGCCCUCUCUAUGUUGGCAGGAAAACUAUUUCUAUGUUCUCUGAAAUUGUUGGUAGAACAGUGAAUAGAAUAAAUGGUUGGCAUACUAAGUUGUUAUCUCCAGGAGGGAAAGUUGUGCUUAUUAGACAUGUAUUAUUGGCUCUCUAUGUGCAUCUCCUAGCAGUUAUACACCCUCCUAAAGGGAUACUACUUCAAAUUGAAAUAUGA